AGUCUAAUCUCGUCUUCAGUAAGUUGAACACAUCAGUAGAAAUCCGACAAUUUAUUCAAAAAUGUUGUGGAAAUUCAUCAUCUUCGCAGUUCUUUUUACCGUCAUCACCGCAGCGACUGUACAGUUGGAGCCUUUGAACGCAGACGGAACAUGUGAACCAGGACGUUCAUACUCUGAUGGCUGCAAUACUUGCAUCUGCGCCGCUCGUGAUAUGCCCAUGUGCACCCAAAUGCUUUGCUACCCCAGAAGAUCUUAAUAAAACUAUAAAAUUGUCAACUCAAUUUAAACAUUAUUCUUAAUUAUCGACUUAUCUCGAAAACAGUUGAUUCCAGAUAGAAAUGGCAAAGUACUCCUUUUGGUUAUUAAAUUGGCGAAAAAAAGGAUUCCUAAUUACGAUUAAUUAUUGAACCCGAUUCAGAGAAAUUAUAAUUAUUCAAUUGUGUAAUGUAUUUUCUCUGGAAUAUAUAUAACUCGAAAAAUGUUUAAAAGAUUGA